AUGGCAGGGCAGGGUGCUCGUACUGGAGGUACAAGAGGUGCUCUCUCACCACAGCAGCUGCGCGAGUGGUACGCUCAGCGUGCCGCCUCCGGAGUAGCGCUGCUGGAGCUGGAGUUGCUGCGGCUGGAGACGUUGGAGCUGGAGGCACUGGCGCUAGAGGCGUUGGGGCUGGCGGCCCUGGAGCUGGAGCUGCUGGUCCUGGAGGUGCUCGUACUGGAGGUACUGGAGCUGCCGGAGCUGGUGGUGCUGCUGGUGCUGGAGGUGCUGGUGGUACUGGCACUGCUGGUCCCGGAGGUGCUCGUCCUGGAGGUGCUGGAGCUGCUGGAGCUGGUGGUGUUGCGGGCUCUGGAGCUGGAGGCGCUGGGGCUGGAGGAGCUGGAGCUGGAGGUAUUGGAGAUGGAGGCGCUGGAGCUAGAGGCGCUGGCACUGAAGGUUCUGGAGCUGCUGGUACUCGUACUGGAGGUGCUGGUGCUGGUGGUACUGGUGCUGGUGGUACUGCACAGCCGCGACUGUUCUUCGCUCCGCCGUCACCGUCGUCUCUGCCACCGCCUGACUCGGUGCUUCGCCAGGUUCUUAGCCUUCCGUCUUCUACUGGCCUCCCGUUACAGCCAGGCUCCCCACUGCCUGCUCCUUCUCCUUACACUGAGCAGACAGACUCGCUUACAGAGUGUCCGUCCUCCUCCUGUCCCUGGUACUCACACUAUGACACUUCGUCCUUCCUCUGUUCCACAGCGUGUCCCUCUGCCGUCUCCUCCUGAGUCCUCUCUUCCGCACGUUCCGGACCCUGAGUCUGACCUGGUCCGUGCUGCCGACGCUACUGUCACGCGUCUCCUAGCCACUGUUGUCACUGACCCUUCGUUUGAGUCCGCUGCUGCGUCUGCCUUAGUCACUGAGCUUGUUGACUUUGCUGCUGCUUGUCGUCUCGACUACGCCACUAGUCUUGUUGCUGAGUCUGAGUCUGUCUGCCCUCCGUCCGUCGGGGGUGAGUGUGCUCUUGGCAUGGACGUCCUUGAGGACAGGCAGGAGGACUUUGCGUAUCUUGCAGCUGCUGUACCUCAUCUUGUGGCCAUGCUGCUUGCACCUGAGGGAGACCCGGAUGCACUGGACAUCCCGACCCCGCGCUCUUACGCAGAGGCGAUUACGGGUCCCUACUCCUCUCAGUGGCAGGCAGCCAUGGACGCAAAGAUGGCAUCCUGGAAGUCCACAUGCACUUACGUCGACGCAGUUCCCCCUCCUGGGGCGAACAUAGUCGAUGUCAUGUGGAUUUUCAGGGUGAAGCGGUCGCCGGGUUCUCCGCCUGUCUUCAAGGCUCGUUACGUUGUAUGA